UUUCUGCGGGGGCACAUUAAAGUGACGCACGUGUGUAACUUAAUGGCUACCGGAGGAGAACUGAGUCGCGCUUGUGGUUGUAAAGGCAUAAGAACAUGUUUGAGAUGCGAAGGAGAGAAGUCUAAACAACAUAAUUUGGAAAAUAAUGACCUGGUGAGUCUGUACUACAUUGGUUCGGUACAUUACGACUUUACUUAUGAUCCCUUAACAAAGUCGGCAGUACGAGAAGUGAACGGUGAUCGACAGUCUUUUGCGUUUCCUGGAAUAUUUUUGUUGGAAAAUUUCGUGUCAGAAGAUGAAGAGGGAGAGCUGGUCGCUGCUAUGGACCAAAACCCCUGGAGGGAAUCUCAAUCUGGCAGACGGAAACAGGACUUCGGACCGAAGGUGAACUUCAAAAAACAACGGGUCCGCGUGGGGGACUUCACCGGUUUACCUGCUCUCAGCCGCUGCCUGGUGGAGAGGAUGACACAGAUACCCCUGUUGUCUUCAUUCAAACCUGUAGAACAGUGCAAUUUAGACUAUGAUCCGAUCAGAGGCUCUGCUAUUGAUCCUCAUUUGGAUGACAGCUGGCUGUGGGGAGAGCACUUGGUCACCAUCAACCUGCUCUCCAAAACCGUUCUCACAAUGAGUUUAGAUCAGGGAUGGGGAGACAUGGAGAUUGGGGAGGUGAGAGUUGCAGUGCAUCUACCUCGGAGGUGUUUGGUCGUAGUUUUUGGAGAGGCACGGCAUCGGUGGAAACAUGCCAUACACAGAAAAGACAUUCAUGGGCGCAGGGUGUGCAGCACUUUCCGGGAGCUCUCUGCUGAGUUUUUGCAAGGAGGGGAACAGGAAAAGCUGGGCUCUCAAUUGUUAGAUAUAGCACUGAAAUUCAGUGGUGUACCCCUUUAAAAGUCCUCUGCUUGCAUAAAUGAAUGUAUAAUUGUUUUUUGCACCCCAACUGAAAUAAGAGGUUUUAAUUUUCAUUUAAAUAAACACUAUUUUAUAUUGUA